GGGUGCUCACGCAGCUCGUGUCACACGUCAGGAUGUGGGGGUGAGUCCCCGGCAGGCCAGCCCAUGGUCGUGUGAGCUAGCGAUGUUCUUGGUCGUGUGAGGUAAAGAUGUUCAAACCUUAGGCCUUCAACACACUGUACCGCGGUGAUGGCGGGGCUCACAGGCUGUGGUGAUGGCGUGUGGCUCACUGCCAUGUGGCACCACUAACCAACGUUGUUUAAAACUUUGAAAAUGUUGAAAAUAAUUCAGGGAGUUGGUUAAUUCUAAACAAACCGUUAGCUAUAGUCUAUUAUUCUUGUGGUAUUUUCAUGGUUUGUUGUGCUGGCUAAAUUACGAGACUUGACAGAGUUUGGGCACUCAUUUCUAACACUCGUGUUCUGACAGAAGUGUUCUGACAGAAGUGUUCUGACAGUUGGUUCUAGCUGCCCAAAGUCUGGCCAACAGACAUCUGAACCUAGUCCGCUAUUAGAAUCAAUUAUCUGGCACUUAUCGAAAAUUGGGCAGCCACAUGGCACCAGAACCAGUCCUGGCCAUCUGCAUGCAAGAGGUCAACCCACAGGAGGACGACAGCUCAGUCAAGGUCACACAGCCGGACAGUCACGUGAUCCUUGGCAAGCUGGACAUCAGCUGUAGCGCCGGCUGGAGCUGGAACCAGCUGGACAGCUCCACCAAAGUCUCAGUCCUGGACGACAAGCUUGGGGUAACCUUCCACCCCCACUGGAGCAAUGGAACAGCCGGGAUCAGGGCAUCCGAGCCCCUGACUGGUGAGGUCAACUACUGGGAGAUCCAGGUGGGGGAGCGAGUCUUUGGCACCAGCCUCAUGUUCGGCGUCAGCACCCCCCGGGCCAGACUCGACACUAAAGAAUUCAAGAACUUGCUGGGUGAAGACGCCAACGGAUGGGGCCUGUCACAUAAAGGAAGGCUGUACCACAACGGUGUCUCCACGCCCUACUGCGCGCCCUUCAAGGAAUACACCCCAGUGUUGGUUGGUGUCCUGUUUCACCGUCUCAAGGGGGAGCUGAGCUUUUUCAAAGAUGGCGUCAACCUGGGUGUAGCUUUUACCGGCAUGAGCAGUGUCAAGGACGAUCUGUAUCCCACCAUCUGUUCUACUGCUGCCAAGACAACCAUGGCAGUGGGCAAGAGGCUAAGGUCAUUUCAUAACCUCCAGGACAGGUGUCGACAGGUCAUAGUCAACAGAGUAAAGAGGCGGGGGGCCAUCGCUAGCCUACCUCUGCCAGGCAAGGUUCGAGAUUACAUAAGCUAUGGUAUAACACAAGAUUACAUAAGCUAUGGUAUAACUGGCCACUAGAUUACAUAAGCUAUGGUAUAACUCACCACUUGAUUACAUAAUGAAUGGUAAUGCCACAUCAGUGGUAGGGAUGGACAGCUGUGAGCUAGUGUGAGUGUGUAUGAUGUCAGCUUGUUGUAACAUGCGACAUAUUUCACGUUCAUCAACCUACCAUCCACUGCCAUUUGUACUAUUGACUUCCUGUGGAAGUAUCAUCUUUUUCAUAAUUGUAUAUAAAAAACCCAAAGAAAAAACCCCACCUCAUUCUUAAUGAGCGCUUGUAAAAAAAGAUCCCGUUAACAAAAAGUAGGUCAGCCGUAAAGUGGCUGUAAAUCAAGAUGGCCGUGCUAGUCGCCGCUGUAGCCCGCCAUGUGGCAGACGAUGACGUGAAAAACAACAGAUGGAUGGCACGGCAGGAAAUCGAUACUGAGAAAAAUCGAUACCGUGAGUUGAAAAUAGCCUCGUUCCCAUAAGUCUAUUCUCAUGAGGGUUUUUUUUUAAAUUUAUUUUUUAAGGGAUGGAACAGUUUGGGGCCCAUUUCAAUCUUCACUAAAGUUUUUUUUUUUUUAAAUUUCACUAGCCCAGAGCUGUAGAAUCGGAUUGUUCGGCGAAUUAGAACCAGAUGAAGAUUGACUUGGUGGGGCGGCGCGACCCUCUAAAAGACACACAUCUCCUUAGUUCAAUACUAACUAGACUAAGUUUAUUUCGUGUUGUGCUGCCCACCAGCCCCUCCCAACUCCUUACCGUGGGGAUCAUUACAAUUAACGCACACAAUAGCACGCGGGUUACUCACGCACGGCCCGACGUCUGCACGUGCGGUUGCCACGCGCGGCUUUGUACUAACGGGACCAGGUGCUUGUAAUCCCCCGCUUUGUAUCCGCUCUAUCGUGCAACCUGGCACAUUAUGGCGACAGUCAGCCACACAUAGCACUAGCAGAUCUUACACGGGGGAAGUUGAACAUGGUGGGGGGGGGGGGGUCAUCAAAUGUGUGUAACCCCCCCCCUGAUUAUAGUCAUUAUAUGGCCUACACCCUAGAAUAAUUUUUUAAAAUAAAUUAGUCACUAAUGUAAUGUUUAUAGUUGGGGCCAUUAUGGCGAAAUUAGUAAAUCACAUUAUUUUUAGCAAAUUAAUUCCAAGAUUAUAUAGCCUACUUUGAUCAACGUGUAGCAUGUCAGUGUAACGAUCCACAAACAUAUUUUUAAACUGAGAAAUCAUUAUAUUUCAAUACCACAGAUAACACAUCACUUUCUUACCCCCACUAAAGUCCGCCACAAUUGACCCCGGACAUUGUCCAGAAAAUAUUUCCAAGAAUGCCCCAGCAGCCAAUGUAUUUGUGUUUUCCCUUUUGAGCAAGAUUUGUGUUGCUCUUUUAUUCAUGUACUUGUGGUUACCACAAUCGGAUGAGAAACUCUAGUCAACCCUGUACAUAGUCUGUACAAAAUGUGUACAAUCGUGUACAGAACAUCCAUUGAUUCAUGUUGCUUUCUUCCUCACCAUUCACUUUUCUUUUUAUUUGACCAAAAAGUUGUGAAAAACUUCCAAAUUUUUCAUCAACUAUUAAGUUUGUAUUUCAAAUUGACAACCCAUUAAAUUUGGUUUACACUACAGACAUCAUUUGUUGACACAUGAUGUAGGGGAGGUAACUUGUCAAUAUUUUUGAACCAAAACUCUAAUGAAUUAGUGUUAGUUAACAAGAUGCUAAAACAAUUUUGAAUAUUUUCCUGUACAUAACUGUCCCAUCAUACAUCACCCUGAAGGCGCCAAGGCCGGAUUCGUGCAAUAUUGUUGUAUCAUAAGCCAGUAAACUUACAUCUGGUGUAUUGUAAUCUUAGUGAAUGGGAUGUGCAAGUAUUUUAGUGAUGUAAAUAAGAUGUGCAAGUAUUUUAGUGAUGUGAAUGGGGUGUGCAAGAAUUUACUGAUGUGAAUGGGAUGUGCAAGUAUUUUACUGAUGUGAUUUUGACAUUUGAGAGCAUUAUUUUAGCGUGUAAGUGAUGUUGAACUGACAGAAUGAUGGUCCUGAACGUUGAUUGGAUAAUUGCCAUGGUUACAGAGAGACUGACUGAAACAUGCAUGAAUGGAAUGAGAUUUGACAUGAACUGUUAAUUAUUUAAAAUGAUUCUACUAAUUAUUUAUGGCCGGAACAGUGCAAUAAAAAAACUGUGGCAAGUCUGUACAUUGAUUAAUUGCUUGAUGUAAUUAUUGAUUACUUUAAUUUAUUUUAUUAUAUUCACAAGUGAUGCAAAGGUUGUGUUGAUUACAUAGAUAUUUCUAAACAGUAGAUGACAACGCAGCUCUAAAUUAAUAAUCUCGCACAUUUUUACAAAAGAAACAUUUCGUUUUUACAAUUAUUACAUUUUGAUUUAACCAAUUUAAUAAGGCUAUUCAAAGUACAAUUUAAUUUUAGUAUAAAUUAUUAGUUAAAAAUGUUUUUUUUUUUAAUUUAAAAUUAUUUAUUGUAUACAUAAAUUGAUGUUGGUGAUUAUACUUUUUAUGUAUAUUUUUAUUUGUAUGUGUACUGCUGUAAAUUGGAGGACCCAAAAUCUCAAUUGUGAAAAGUUUUAUGUAAAUAUUUUUGUCUUUUGAUUGCUUUUCUCAUACGUUCAGUGUUGUUUUAUUUCAAAUUAUUAUGUAAUCUGGAUAACUAUAGCAAAACAAUAUUUGGAUGACACCAAAAACAAAUGUUGGCUCAAAGUUCUAUUGUCAUACCGCAUCAAUUACAUUGGUCAGUGAUGGCAGACUAAUUGGGGGUAGUCAUUUCUAAAACACCAAUUUUAUUUCAAGUAACUUGAUUAUAAUAACUGUUUAUCAAACUGUUUUAAAUUUCUAAAGAAUCAAACAUAAAUAUAUUGGUACAAUGAUAAUAUUUAGAACAAGUGAAAUUCUUAUUCUUGCUUGUCUUGGAUUUUUAAAAAGAAAAGUUAAAAUAAUAUUUGGCAAGGAAAUAAAGUUUUUUGAAAUUACUG